CACAAUCGACAGUGAUUUUGGCCUUCCAAAUUGAGAGUGUGUUCCUUGAGUAUCUGAACUAGAAUUGAUUCAUUUAUAUGACUUUAGUGUCAGCCACAGGGUUGGCAUAUGAACCAACCAAGGGUCCAAAUGAGCCUGAUUUUUGGACAAUGUUAGCUAAAGUUUUAAAUGGAACAGCCACGAAGAGUGCAGAUGGAAAAGAUGAAUUAUUUAAACCAAUUCCAGCAUCUGAUAUAUCUGCUACAACUCCAGGAAACCUGGAAGAGCUGGAGAGUAUCAAGUUAAAAUUAAUGCUGGGCAUCUCACUGAUGACCCUCUUACUUUUUGUCAUCCUCCUGGCUUUGUGUAGUACCAUGAUGUUCAAACUGAAGACACAGGUGCCUAAAUUGAAGCAACCACCCCCAGAAGUCAGCUAUGCCAUCAACCCUGAGCUGGCCACUUUAUCUUACUUUCAACCUUCAGAAGGCAUAUCAGACACGUCUUUUUCUAAGAGUGGGGAGAGCAGCACAUAUUGGGGCACCACUUCUUCAGAAAUGAAAAAAUCAGGAGAGUCAAAAUCCAGAACGACAGAUGCGCUCUCCACAGCCUCAGAUGACACAGGCAUGGCUUACCAGUCAGACUACCCUCAGGACACAGGCAUGGCUGACCAGUCAGACUACCCUCAGGACACAGGCAUGAGUGAUCAGUCAGACUUACCUCAGAAAAAAGGCAAGAUUAAUGAGUCAAACUUACCUGAGGACACAGACAUGAUUGAUGAUGAGGAACUGACUGAGGAAUUUCCCAGUGAUGAGUAG